AUGUCCUACCCGCAGGGCUACUUGUACCAGCCGUCCGCCUCGCUGGCGCUCUACUCGUGCCCGGCGUACAGCACCAGCGUCAUCUCGGGGCCCCGCACGGAUGAGCUCGGGCGCUCGUCGUCGGGCUCCGCGUUCUCGCCCUACGCCGGCUCCACCGCCUUCACGGCGCCCUCGCCGGGCUACAACUCGCACCUCCAGUACGGCGCCGACCCCGCGGCGGCGGCAGCCGCCGCCUUCUCUUCGUACGUGGGCUCUCCCUACGACCAUACACCCGGCAUGGCAGGCUCCUUGGGGUACCACCCGUACGCAGCACCCCUGGGCUCGUACCCCUACGGGGACCCCGCGUACCGGAAGAACGCCACGCGAGAUGCCACUGCUACACUGAAGGCCUGGCUCAACGAGCACCGCAAGAACCCCUACCCCACCAAGGGCGAGAAGAUCAUGCUGGCCAUCAUCACCAAGAUGACCCUCACCCAGGUGUCCACCUGGUUCGCUAAUGCGCGCCGGCGCCUCAAGAAGGAGAACAAGAUGACGUGGACGCCGCGGAACCGCAGCGAGGACGAGGAGGAGGAGGAGAACAUUGAUCUGGAGAAGAACGACGAGGAUGAGCCCCAGAAGCCCGAGGACAAGGGCGACCCCGAGGGCCCCGAUGCAGGAGGAGCAGAGCAGAAGGCGGCUUCAGGCUUUGAACGGCUGCAGGGGCCGCCCACCCCCGCCGGCAAAGAGACCGAGGGUAGCCUCAGCGACUCGGAUUUUAAAGAGCCGCCAUCCGAGGGCCGCCUCGACGCGCUGCCCGGGCCCCCCCGCGCCGGCGGGCCCUCCCCGGCCGGGCCUGCGGCAGCUCGGCUGGCCGAAGACCCGGCCCCUCACUACUCCUCGGGCGCGCCGGCUCCGGGCCCACACCCAGCCGCGGGAGAGCUGCCCCCCGGUCCCGGAGGGCCCUCGGUCAUACACUCGCCGCCACCGCCACCGCCUCAGGCGGUGCUCGCCAAGCCCAAACUGUGGUCUCUGGCGGAGAUCGCCACAUCCUCGGACAAGGUCAAGGACGGGGGCGGCGGGAGCGAGGGCUCUCCGUGCCCACCGUGCCCCGGGCCUGUAGCCGGGCAAGCCCUAGGAGGCAGCCGCGCGUCACCAGCACCGGCGCCAUCGCGCUCGCCCUCGGCUCAGUGUCCCUUUCCAGGCGGGACAGUGCUGUCCCGGCCUCUCUACUACACGGCGCCCUUCUAUCCUGGCUACACGAACUAUGGCUCCUUCGGACACCUUCACGGCCACCCGGGGCCCGGGCCAGGCCCUACAACGGGUCCGAGCUCGCAUUUCAAUGGAUUAAACCAGACCGUGUUGAACCGAGCGGACGCUUUGGCUAAAGACCCGAAAAUGUUGCGGAGCCAGUCCCAGCUAGACCUGUGCAAAGACUCUCCCUAUGAAUUGAAGAAAGGUAUGUCCGACAUUUAACGCGGGCUGCGUCGGUCCUGGACUUUCCUAAUUUAUUAAAAAAAAAUGGCCUUGGCAGUUAUUUUUCCAUCAACAUGAGAGAAAAACAAAACUACCCCUCCUACUAAAAAGUUUAUAGUUCCUGGAGAUGGAUGACAUAAAAAUGUAAACAUCUCCACACACAAACAAAAAUGUCUUAACCAACUGAAAAGAAAAAUUUAAAAAAGGAUUUGUAUUAAAUCUUAUUCUGUAUAUUUAAUGUAGCAUUUUUGUAUUUAAAUUGAUAACUCAAUAUCUUUGAAGUAAAUUAUGAAAUUAAGACACCUGUACAGGCAUUUAAUGUUUUUUUGUAAUAUAACUAUAUACAUUUGUGUUUCCCCCAGAACUGUUUCAUAGUUUAAAAAUACAAGUUUAAUUUAAUUUUUUACACCUAUUGAUUUUUCUGGGUAUGAGCUGAAGUAUUAUUACAGAA